AUGACAGGAGAUCUAAUUAAGAAUGCAUGUCAGGUCGGAAUCAUUGAAAGUAUUUUGUUGAAAAAUUUCAUGUGCCAUAGUUCCCUUAAACUUUCAUUUGGGCCCCAUUUCAACUUUGUGAGCGGGAACAAUGGAAGCAGCAUCCCUGAGAAUGCAGUACAUUCAGUACUGCUCGAGAGUAUCAGCCUUAAAGUGGAAUUUGAAGACAGAGGUGGAAAGAGUGCUUUACUGACAGCUAUUAUAAUUGGGCUUGGAGGGAGAGCUGCGGCCACAAACAGAGGACCUUCCACUAAAGAAUUUGUGAAAACUGGUCAAAAUUCUGCGUGCAUUUCAAUAACCUUAAGAAACCAGGGACCCGAUGCUUUUAAACCCGAAUUAUAUGGCAAAGCCAUCGUGGUGGAACAAACUAUUUCAGCACAGGGAACAAGACAGUACAGUUUGAAGAGUGAAUCAGAGCAUAUAAUUUCUACAAAGAAAGAAGAACUCAACAUGAUCUUAGAGCAAUUCAAUAUACAGGUGGAUAACCCAGUCUCCAUUUUAAAUCAAGAAAUGAGUAAACUUCUAUUAAAAUCAAAAAGUGGACCAGAAAAAUAUAAGUUUUUCAUGAAAGCUACUCGACUAGAUCAAAUGCAAGAAGAUUAUUCUCAAAUACUGCGGACCAAGACAAUAACAAGGGAGAGGAUUGCAGAGCAGGAUGAUUACCUAGCAGAACUAAAGAAGAAAGUCAAGGAGAAGGAAAGACAUUAUAAAAGCCUCGAACCGUUGAAUGGCCUGCAGGAGAAACUAGAGCAGCUCAAGAAUCAGAUGGCCUGGGCACUGGUCAUUGAGAUUGAAAAGGAUUUGGAAUCGAUAAAAGACUGUCUUAAUAGAGAACAACAGCAUGGUAUCAAAUAUAAUCACGAACUAGAAGAAUGGCAGGCCAAGGUGAACUUUGCAGAACUAAAAUUUAAAGCAGCUCAGGAUCAGUUGCAGAAAAUUACAGAAGAGAAAGAACAAUUACAAAGACAGCUCCUUACUUUAAAGGAAAACAUGACAAGAAAAAAGAAAGGCUGCAAGGAAAGUGAGGCCACAGUCCAUCUCUGCAAAUCACAGCUAAAACAACUUCAGAAAGAUCAUGAUCUUUUACAGAGGCAACUUGAAGAAUUGAGUAGGGGAUGUCAAAGUUCGAAAGCUAAUUUCACAGAACUGAAAGAUGGAAUUAACAACCUUCAAGAGCAACUGAAACCGCUAAAGCAAGAGGAAGCCACAACCUUAAAGCAAAUAGAAAACUAUUAUGAUACAAUCAGCAAUUUGAAAGAUGAACAGGAUAAUCUGAGACAUGAAGAGCAAGCCAUGAGGAAUACUGUUCAGUCCAAGAGAAGUGAGCUGGGCAAACUGAAGGCGAGUAGGACAGACUGUUUGAAAAGGUUCAAUGGGAACAUGCCUGAAUUACUCCGUAAAAUAGAGGAAGCACAUAAACAAGGCCGUUUCAGGAAGAGACCAAUUGGCCCUUUAGGUGUUUGCUUCAGGUUGAAAUAUCCUCAGUUGGCUUUGGCGGUUGAAAGUUGUUUGAGAGGACUACUGCUUUCAUUUUGCUGUGAUAAUUACAGAGAUGAGCAAGUGUUACAGAGUUUGAUGUCACAAUGUUUUCACUCAGGAAGACGGCCCCAAAUUAAUGUGUGCGAGUUUUCAAAUCAAGUGUACAACAUAAAAGACAGAGCUGUUCGCCAUCCAGAUUUCCCAACAGUUUUUGAAUGCUUAGAAAUAAGCAACCCAGUGGUGGCAAACUGUUUCAUCGAUUUGAGGAGCAUUGAAAGAAUCCUGAUAAUCAAAAGUAACAGCAGAGCUCGUGAAAUUAUGCAGCAGCAAAGACCACCUGCAAACUGCAGAGAAGCCUUCACUGCAGCAGGUGACCAGGUCUUUCCCAACCGCUACUACUCUUCAGAAACAGACAGGGCAAGAUAUUUGGGUGGCGAUGUGGAAUCCAAAAUCAGGGAGCUGGAGGUGGAACUGAAUGAAAAGAUAGAACAGCUAUCACUCAAUCAAAAACGGUCAGAUUUAAUAAAGAAUAAAAUCGAGUUAUCUUAUUCCAAUAUCAAUAAAGCACAUAUGAAAAGGAGACAAAUCCAGGGAAGAAUAACUAAAAUUGAGCUAGAAUUUGGAGAUUUAGAAAACAUUGAGGAGCCCCAGCCAUUUCAUAUUCCCACACUAAGAAAAGAAACCCGAGACAUCUAUCACAGAAUUCUGUCAGCCAAAACUAACUUGGAGCAGGCAAGAAAGGAUAUGGAUGAGCAUCGGAAGUUAAUGGAUGAGGAUGAAAAGAAAUGGAAAGAGAUGAGAGAGAAAAAGCAUUCAAUAGCAGAAGAAAUUGACUCAAGAAAGGAAGAACUAAGCAAAAUGGACACAGAAAUUGAAGUAUAUAAACAAAAGGAAAAGCAUUUGGAAGAGGAAAGAAAUAAACAUUUGGAGAGAAUAGACAAACUAAAGAAGAGCUUGGAAACUAAAGAAAAUACUUUAGAGCGAGAUACUGCUAAAGCCAGGCAGAUUUGUGUGCAGCGAUUAGAAGUCUCUCGAGAUCCCAAGAGUAUUGAUGUGGAGAUCAAUUGCUUGAGGGAAAGGAUCAAUAUGGCACAAGAAGUCCAUGGGAACAAGGAAGAAAUUACAAGGCAGUACUUUGAAAUCUUAAAAUUGCAAAAGAACAUCCAAGAUGGGAUUAAGCGCCUGAAGAAUUUUAUGCAAAUGAUCGAUAAAAUAAUGAAGGAAAGGCACAAAGCUUAUGAAAGCUUCCUGAAGUCCAUGUCAAUUCGUUGCAAACUUAACUUCAGUACUUUGUUGUCUAAGCAACAGUAUUAUGGAAUGAUCAAAUUCGACCAUAAGAAUAGAGAUCUUUCAAUCAUGGUUGAAUGUGGAGAAGGAAUGAAGACAACACAAGGUGAUACAAGACUCCUUUCUGGAGGUGAACGCUCCUUCUCAACUGUUUGCUUCAUUCUUUCGCUGUGGGACACCAUAGAGUCUCCUUUCUGUUGUCUGGAUGAGUUUGAUGUUUAUAUGGAUAUGGUUAAUCGUAGGAUUUCUAUUGACCUGAUAUUGCGGGUGGCGGAUUCUAUAAAGUGUGAUCAAUUCUUCUUUUUUACUCCACUGACUACAAGUUUCUUGCCUCAAGGUAACCAACUCAGAAUUUUACAUCUGCAAGAUCCCGAAAGAGGACAGACAACACGAUCUUUUGCUACUCCGGAAGAACCAGAAGAUUCGGAUAAUUAAAUGAACAUUGACAUUAAUUAUUGUGCACUUCUGAUUUUUUUCUAAGUGGGGCAAGCAGACAUUGGGCCUCUGGUGGCGUGGCAGGGAUAUAUGGGGGAUGACAGCCUGUACUGCCAGAGUGUGGGAAGCUAUUGCAUUCUGAAAAUCGUAAAAAGCUUCUUUAAUGCAUUUUAUUAAUAUAGGGAAAGCUAGGCUGACAGUCGCUAUUUUCUGGCAUUGCAGACUGAUUUAGUGGCGGCUAGUAGAGCUAAUGCAAAGUUCUAAGCGGUGUAGCAUUAGUAGGGUACAUUUAUAAGGCAAACACAGCUAAAUUCAGAGGUACUGGGGAAAGUUCACCUAAAAUUGCUCAGUGCUGAGCUUAGAAGUGAGUUAAGUGUGAACCACUGGUGUAGCCAUAACCACCAAGUACACAACGUUGAUUAACUUUUGCAAAUAUGUUAACAGUGAACAUUAAUGCAGUGUCUCUUAUUUUGGGCCUAUGUUAGAAAUAUAUCUUGAGUCAAGGUUUUGUGACAAAUGUAAUUGUUUUGUCCAAUGUGAAUGUAAAUGUUCAGUUUUCUUACAGUUUUACAUUGUUUUGCUUAACACUUGCGAAAAUGGUUGCUUGGCGACACCAUGAGAGGGGAAGAUCCACUCCCCCACCCAAGCCCCUACUAGGUACAAAUCUGUGCAUACACCAGAAUGGAACCCAGUUUGCACAAAAGCAAAUAGACGGAGUGAAAAAAGAGCUGCAGAAGCUGGAAAUCUGAAAGGAGCAUAGAGAAUGCUGGAGGAACUCAGCAUCUUUGGAGAGAAAGCACAGCUAACAUUUCAAGUACAGUGGACUAGAAGGAAGUUGGCCAGUUUCUAUUCAGAGCUUGAGGAGCACAGCAGGCCUGCAGAACCUCCACAGAAUGUUAUUUCUGGCUCCAGCAUCGACAGUUCUUACUAUCUCUAUUUGGAGCUUUCUGCUUUAGGGAGGAACCAAGCACGGACUGUUGCUAUUGGAGAAAUGAGCCCAUCAUGGAUUGUGCUAUUAGGGAAAUGUGCCAGUUAGAAACUGUACACAGGCCAAGGUGGGAAGCAGGGAUCUAUUUCAGCAUGGUACAAGUUGAAAUUGCAUUUUUGUUGCUGCAGCUAGAUGAGGAAGGGUGACAGCCUGUUCAACUAUCUGAAAGUGGUAUAGAUUGACCACCCAAUCCUGUCUUGUUUUGGAGAAAUUAAGCAACGAAAGCAUGAAGCAGGUAUUCAAAGUCAUGAAUAUUACUGAACAAUUUGCUGAUUGUAUUAGCCAGAACUCAGUUGCUGUAGCAUUAUAUUCUGCAUUCUG